AAUAAAAUUAUGGUUUUCUGAUUUUUUGGCCAGUUCCAUCCUUUUGCAACUUAGAGUAGGUAUAUAAAACUCCCUGGCUCAGUGGAAGAUCUAGUUCAGUUUGACAAGUCAACGAAGAAGUAAGACGUAAGAGUUAAUCAUGAGAUCUUUCAUUAUUCUAGGAUUUUUGGCAGUUGCCAGUGCUGGUGUUUUGCCUGGUUACAACUACGGACCAGGUCUAUCAGGCACCAGUUCAUCUGGAUCUUCUGGAAGCCUUAUCGGACAAGGAUCAAGCUAUAAUUCUGUUAUUGGCAGCAGCGGUGGAUCCAGUGGAGGGCUUAUUGGUUCGGGAAGUGGCAUUAUUAGCUCUGGAUUGGGAAGCUCAAGUGGAUAUGGAAGUGGUUUGAUCAGCAGUGGAGGUUAUGGAGGUAGCUCAGGAGGCAGCAUUAUCAGCAGCGGAGGUUAUGGAGGUAGCUCAGGAGGCAGCCUCAUCAGCAGUGGAGGAUAUGGAGGCAGCUCAGGGGGCAGCCUCAUCAGCAGCGGAGGAUAUGGAAGCAGCUCAGGGGGCAGCCUCAUUAGCAGUGGAGGAUACAGGCAAGGUGGAUCCUCUGGUACCACACUCAACAUUGGAAUCAAUGCCCUCGACUCAGUUCCACAGACUGUCGAAUACAGCAAACAAUUCUACCACUUCACCGCACCCGAAGAAGCCCACGAAGAAGGUCAGGUCAUGAGGCAGUUGAGCAAUGUCUUAAAGAAGAACCUCCAGGUUGUCUUCAUCAAGGCUCCCGAAAACAACGCCGCCACCAAUGCAGCCCUUCAGUUGGCCAAACAAGCUAUUGAACAAAGAACAGCUAUCUAUGUGCUUUCCAAACAAAACGACGGCUCUCAAUUGGUUGGACAACUCCAACAAAUUCAAGAGAACGUACAAACCACCCCUGAGGUUAGAUUCAUCAAGUACAGGACACCUGAAGAUGUGCAACGUGCCAAGGCUGAGAUCCAAUCUCAAUACAAUAACUUUGGAGGAGCAACUGAGAACUUCGACGGAGGUGUUGCCCCUGUUUUGAAUUACGCUAGUCCUGCUCAAGCUACCCAACAGUUCAUUGGUGGUUCAUCCCAAUUGAUCGGAGGUGGAAGCAGCUAUGGAUCCGGAUCAGGUCAAUUGAUCUCUGGUGGUGGAAGCAGUACCUACGGAUCCGGAUCAGGUCAAUUGAUUGGUGGAGGAAUCAGCUAUGGAUCAUCAGGAUCGAAAAUUGGAUCCCAAUUGAUUGGAUCAGGAUCCAAUCUUAGCUCUUCUCAAAUUAUUGGAUCAGGAACUGGAUCAUCAUCUCAUUCGAUUGGAGGUUCUGGUUCAACCUCUUCUUCUAGCUACUUGCCACCAACUCCUUUCAAGAAAUAAGUCUGAAAGUCUGUGUUUAAGUAUGAAGCUUAUAAAAUUAAGAUUAAAUUGUUAGUUACUUUUUUUUGAAUAAUAAAUAAUUACGAGUAUGAAGAUUUUUAAA